AUGUCUCUCGCUCGCGCUUCCCUCGGCCUCCGGGUGCGCACCCUCGCCCCUUCCGCCGCUGUUGCCCGCCGCUUCAACUCUACCUCCGCCUCUACCUCGACCGCCACCGAUGAGGUCCCCCCCAACUACACCUCGCCCCGGGAUCUGCCUAUGACCUGGUCCGACUACCUUGCCAUGCGCAAGAGGCGCAGGCAGUGGUCGUCCAUCACGUCGAUCCCCACCUCGCUUGGUGGCCUGAUCGGUGGAGCCAUGUACUUCGCGAGCAAGGACGUCGAUCCCACCCAGCUCAUCUUCGGCUUUGACCCCUACAUGGUUUACGGAGGAGCCACGUUUGCGUGCAUGGCGUUCGGCUGGCUUCUUGGUCCCACUGUCGGAAACGCUCUCUUUGGCGUCACCCACCCCAAGCUCUCGAAGGGCAACCCCUCCCCUCUUGAGGUCAUGGACCGCGAGUUCUUCAACAGGAUAAAGUCGAGGCGUGUUGACCCUUCGCGCCAGAGCAUGAACAACCCCUCGCCCGACUUCUACGGAGAGAAGAUCACCUCGAUCCCGGCUUACCGCCAGUGGCUCAAGGACCAGAAGGCGUAUGCUGCCAAGGUGUCCCACGGCGUCCCCGACGAGCUCUAA